UGCCAGUAGAGGCUGAUAAUCUCCAAGUAAAGAUAUAUAUUUUUUCUUGAGGAAGUUUUACAAAUCUAUCUACAAGGUUUGAGGAACCAUCUCCAGCUGAGCAACCUGAGGCAAAUUGCUGGAUUUCACUAGGGCUCAUUUUUUUUCCCAAGCUCAAAUGAAGAUGAUGAUACCACAUUAGGUAGAUGCAGUUGCUAUCUUCAUUUUCUACUUUAAAAAAUUGGGAUGUUGUGAGGUUCUAAAGAGACAACAUGGAAACUGUUUAGCGCAGAGUCUGGCACAAAAGUCACUCACUACUACAAGAAAAUAAAGUGAGUUACUGAGACCUGACUACGUGUGGAACAGUGGGGAACUCCCCCGUAGUGGAAGGCAUUUAACUCCCAGCAGCCCUCCCAAGCCGUUCACAUUCUCAGUGCUGAGCCACAUGCUGGAGGGUGAGGGAGCUCCCCAAGGGCAGGGCGCGAGUGCGCGGGCCCCAGUGACCCCUUGGGGAGGGUGCACGGGCGCUCGCGAGCUUCUCCUUGGUGGUGCAGGCCUCGGCCCUCUCCGAGCCUCCACCCACCCACCGCGCUGCUCCGAGCCCCACCGGCCACCACCGCCAUGAGGGCCAAGCACGUGAACCAGCUGAUCUCGCUCGCUGCGGUCUUGCUCUUCAGCUUCUCCUGUUUCUCCAUCUCCAGGAUGGCCCAAACCAGUAAUCAAUUAACUAAUUGUAGAAACCAUAUUUUGGAAUUUAAGAAAAAUAUUCUACAUUUAAAAAACAAAACUGAACAAAGUCGCCAGGAGCUGAUGGGAGCCUUAAAUAAAAUCAAGGACAACAUCAGACAGAGAGAAAAUGUAUCAGUGAACUUCGUUGAGAGGGAGGUGGAUACGUUUGAUGAGAAUGAAGCCAUGCCUAAUACAUUUGAAGUCCUGAAGUCCUUUCUCCCUCAUCUGAGGAAAGUAGGCAGAAUUUAUCCUGAUGUAAUCAUCAGCAAAGAGAAAACAGGCGUAUCCUUUGCGCUGGGCGUUCCCACCGUUCAGAGAGAAGAUCAUGGUUACCUGAAGCAAACGCUGACCUCGCUCGUCUCCAGGAUGACCCAUGAGGAGGCGCAGGACUCCGUGGUGAUCGUGUCUGUUGCAGAUAGUAAUGAAGAUUAUUUAAAGUCUGUUGUUGACAUGAUUACAAAAAAAUUCAAAAAGCAACUGAAGUCUGGAUCCUUAGAGGUCAUUUCAAUACCUCAGUUUUUUUAUCCAGACGUGUUACAUGCCAAGCACUCCCCCGAGGACUCACAGACAUUCGAGAGUUGGCGCAUCAAACAAGUAUUGGAUUUUUGUUUUCUGAUGCUGUAUGCCCAACCCAAGGCCAUGUAUUAUUUACAGCUAGAAGAUGAUAUCAUAGCUAAAAAGAUGUACUUUACAAAAAUCACAGAUUUUGUACAUUCUAUCACUUCAGAUAAUUGGUUUUAUAUUGAGUUUUCAGUUCUUGGAUUCAUAGGAAAGCUAUUUAAAUCUGAGGACUUGAAUGACUUUGUGCGUUUUUUCUUAAUGUUCUACAAAGACAAACCUAUCGACUUACUACUGGGGGACAUCUUUCAGGUGAAGCUGUGCCACCCGGGAGAAACUCCUGAGAAAUGUGCAGAACGAAAUAAGCAAAUUCGUAUCCGGUAUAAACCUUCUCUUUUCCAGCAUGUGGGUAUACAGUCAUCCUUUCCUGGAACAGAACAAUAUUUAAAAGAUAUCUACUAUUAGCAGUUUCAUAGUUCCAACGUCUUUUAAAAUGAUCAGAAUCAUUCUUGGAACAAACUGCCUGACAAGGAUUAUUUCUCAACCUUCUUCACAGUGGAUAAGAGAUUAUAUCCUAUUUUUUUAAAGUUAAACCUUCAAUAAUAAACUGGAAAUAUGAAGCUAAUAACCAUAACAAGAAAAAACUCUGUACUAGCUUGGAACCUCAGAAACCGUGCUUUCUAAUGGCAUCCUUCAGACAUUGUGAUAAUGAAAGCAUAUAAUUAUAUAGGAAAGAAGAAAGCAAUGAACAAACUAGUGGACUUGACAAUAUUAAACUACCUCUCGUGUCAAGAAAAAUUAGAACAUUUAUUUAUGAUGUUUGUGCCCUAUGUUUAUUUAUAAUGUUUGUACCCUUAGUGUAAUAAUUUAAUAUAAAACAGUCAAGUCAGGGAAGCUUUUAAAAAUUAAGAAACGUAUUUUGUUGACUUAGCGAUGCUGUUUUAUAAUAGUGAUGCCCUCAUAUAGUCUCAAAAAAUAGCUAAAAGUUCAGAAACUUGACAUUGUCACAGACAGUGUCUGUGUGAACUGGCGUUUGCUCUUGGCCACUUUGUUAAGACAUCUAAAGAAACAGAAAGCACAAAUCGAAACAAGCAAGGGUCUGACAGCCCGUAAUAUCUUCUGGCCUUUUAAAUAAAUGCAUUUAAAACUAUGAACUCACCCCUAAAUGCCACUCGAGCUGAUUACCAAACAUCUUGAGAUAUAUCUAUAUUCUGAUGGUCAUUCGCUUCUAAAGACUUCAUACUUUCUCUUAUUAUUGUCUUCUUAACUUAUGGGUUAUUUGGGAAUGUGUGUGGGGUUUUUAAAAUAUGUUGGUUUUGCCAUCUUUUAUCGUUGAUUGCUUAUUUAAUUACAUUGCUAUUUAAAGUAAUAAAAGCUAUAUAUGUAAUAAAAUUUGAGAAUUGUUAUGACUUACAUUUCAUACAAAGUUCAUGACAAGCAUGUAUAGCCUGUAUGCAUUUUAAAGGGGCCGCUUUAAAGCGUGUUGCAUUCACUUGUUCUUACAAAUGUUAGUUUUGCGCUCUAAAAAUGUCUUCUUAAAAUAUUCCUGUUUAUGGGGUACAGCGCUCCUUUGUAUCAGGCUUUUACAUUUGCUUGUUCAAGUCUUUUCAGUGCUGACUAAUGUUUGUCUGCUUGAUCCAUCAGUUGCUUACAGGAGUCUAUUAAAAUCUAUUCUUCUCGUUACUCUAUUCAGUUUUAGUUUAUUUUCAGAAAUAAUAAACUUUUUUACCCUUCAUCAAAUAUGAACAUAUUAAUUCAUACUGCUGUUUUAUCCUUAAGUGCUCAAAUUUCACACAUGUGCCUCAGCGUGAAGUGUAUCGCAUACCAAUGUAUAAAGAGAACCUGAAAGAUGAACUGUCCAUGUGUGUCCAUUUCAUUCUCUCCUUUUACAGGAAAAGAAGUUAUACAUCAAAGCUGGUGGGUGGGGGAGGAGAAAAAAGUAAUUGUAUGUAU